AUGGCAAUAAAAAAAGGCAAAGGCGCCUCCACGAAACCGAACAAGAGGAAGAAGUUAAAGAGCAUCAUCGACGAUGACUACAGCUCGGAACUGAGCAUAACGGCGGUCGGGGAACCCGACUACAGCGAAGUGUUUGAGGUUGAAAAAAUCGUCAUGGCGAGGUACAAAUUAAACAUAAAGAGAAAAAAAAAUAGGAAGGAAGAAAGUCUUGACAAUUUUGAAUUCUUUAUAAAAUGGAAGAAUUACGAUAGUGAUGAUAACACGUGGGAGCCCUUCGAAAAUUUAAGCUCAACAUUGAAAGGUCAGGCGAGAAAAGCAGCACUAAAGCUGACAGAAGAAUUAGGAAUUGUAAAUGGGAAUGGAGCCAGUGCGAUUUCCAGCAUUGGAAAUAGUGCAGGCAUCUCCGAAGGGGUGGUAGGAAGCCCAGGCGACAAUACAAAUGCAUUAAACGCAAUGAAUGAUAAGGUCCCAAUGAGCGAUAUGGGUCCAAUGAGCGAUGUGGGUCCAAUGAGCGAUGUGGGUCCAAUGAGCGAUGUGGGUCAAAUGAGCGCCGUGGUCCCUAUGGGCGAUAUGGAUCCAAUGACCGGAAUGAACGGGAACGCUGUUAACAACAUAAGCAAAAAGAAAAAGAGAAUGGUGAAAUCGGUGAAAAACCAAGUGGUGGAAAAAAAUCGAACAGGCGUGGAAAAUGAAGAAGAGAACAAUGCACUACGGGGGAAGAAAAUUUUAGCAAAGGAAGUGGAUUCCACAAAUAAUCAUCCCAAUAAUUAUUUCCCCAGAAAUAUGAUGGACGAUGAUGAAGACGAUCCAGAUGGAAAUGAUCAAGAUCUCAUAAAAAAUGACACCCGUUUUAAAAAUAUAAGCAAGAACAUGAAUAUAAAUACCCCUACCAGUGAGCAUUACACGAAAAACGACGCAACUUUUCGUCAUCGGAAAAAAUUGGGAAACAUAAAAAGCAUCCUCUGUAUAUCCAACAGAAUUAACAGCAUCGAAAUUUCAAAUAAAAAUAAAGGAAUAGCUAACCAUGCAAAAAAUAAAAUACUGGAACGCCUUGACAGAAAUUAUUACAUGAAACAGAAAAAUAAAUUUAACACCAUUUUGCAGAAUAAUAAAAAUCUGUUGGAUCAUUUUAUCAACAGCAGAAACCAGGAGCUCACUAACGAAACGGGCAAAAGUGGGAGGAGUAACGAUUUCAACAUCUUUGAUCAUUUCGAAACUAAUUAUCGCGAGGACAACAGCAAGAGACAUCAUUAUCCGCAUGUCUCCCACAGACACAGCAACAGUCAAAACCGCAAUCGAAAUAGAAGCCAGAGCCACGGUCAGCUCCAUGGCCACACGCACAGCCAUACGAACAGCCGGACAAACAGCCGGAGGAACAAUCGGACACAAAGCCACAGCGACCAGCCCACACGCGCAUACGACGAUCGAAGUAACUUGCCAGUGGAGAGUUCUAAGAAGCAGAAUGGAAUGAGCUUUUCGAAAAAUGUCACCAAUGAUGAUACGUAUCUGUACUGGAAAGUCAGGGACAAGAGAAAAUAUGAGUUCCUCAAUAUGGGUUACAGCAACAACUGCGCAGGUGCAACCAGCAGAAUGGGCAACGAGGAUGUGCCCUUCGGAUUCGAAAGCAAAGUUUUGAAGAAGUUGAAUCGGAGCAGUAACAAUGGUAGCAGUACGCACGACGGUAGUAACCAGGGAAGGAGCAAUCAUGGCAGUAGCAACGAUACCAGUAGAAACCACCUAGGAGGCAACAACGUAGGAAGCAGCCACUUAGGAAGCAACCACGUAGGAAGCAAUCACGAGGGAGCCAAUCACGCUGAAAAUCACCACGAUGGAAGUAACAAUGACGCCACCAACAACAGAGGCGAAAACAAUAACAGCAGCAGCAACAAUAAUGGAGGAGCGAACGGCAACGUGGUUCACUCCGGAGAUAAUCUCGACCACACGUAUGAUGAUGAAUUUUUACCCAAAACAAGGUGCAAUUCGUGGAGCUCAUACGAACGAAUCUGCAUGACGGAGGAAGUAUUUGAUCAGUUUAGAGGAAAAGUCACUUUUGAAAAAUUCAAAAAAAAGGUGGAGGUGGACGAACAAGAACCAUUCAGCAGUAACAACACGAGAAAGAGUUAUCCCGAAAUGGUUGAAUCAUCCGAUGGAAGGAAUAAUAAAAAGGACCCUUUCCACAUGGACGAUUUUUAUGGCAAAAACAAAAAACGGAAGUACAUUCUAGUGAAGAACGAGCCCAUGGAUGAAGAGGACAUGAGCCCUAAGGAGAGAGAGAAAUUUGUCCUUUCCCAUUUGAGUAGUGCCAAAGGGUUAGAGAGCCAAAAGCCUAGCAACAGCAGUCGUAGCAGCAGCAGUUGCCUGAACAACUGCAGCGCAAUCGGUGCUGCUCAACCCCACUACACGAGUACCAAUCAUAUAAAGAAUAUAAGCCAGAAUAUAAAGAUCGACCACCAGGAAGCCUACGUCAACAACGUCACUAGCAGCAGCGUGAAUGGAAGCCUAAAUGGAAGCGUGAAUGGAAGCCUAAAUGGAAGCGUAAAUGGAAGCGGAAACAACUGCCUGAACAAACUCAACGUGCGGGAGAACAACAACAAUAACAACAACAGCAAUAACAACAACAGCAAUAACAACAACACCUGCAUUAUAAACCACAACAACACGAACUAUAUCACUAUCAAUAAUCACAGCAACAAACCGCUGCACAAAAAUAAGUCGCCAUCCAAACUGUCAUCAGGAAAUAUUUUUAAAAAAAAAGUGAGCACCUUUAAAAAGAGCCUGAGGAAGUUUUCCAAAAACGGAACCACCACACAUGGGCAUACCUUAAACAUACAUAGACUGAACGGCAUGAAUGGACUGAGUGAGAAGAAGGGCAGCUAUCCAGACCAUCAACACAUAUCCAACCCCAGGGAAAUCGCUUAUAGGAAUAUGUAUGCGACGGAGAAUAUGGACUUGUACACGGAUGAGAAAAUACUCUUCAAAGAACAUGGGGAGAAGAAGGCCAAGAGUUGCUUCAUGCAAGAGAAUGACGAUGCUCACCCGAGUAUCGAGCACGUGGAUAUGAUGGACAGGAGCAAGGGGGCACCAGUUAGCAGCACUGGAAAUAUGGGUGGAAGGAGCGUCCGAAGCAGAAGUAACAGCCUUAGCAGGGGGAACAGUUCGAAGGGGGGAAACAACCAGGGAAGGUGCUACAACAGCGCAGAGGAAAACACAUUCGAGGAGUGCGAUCCCUACCUCUCCAACGGACUGCACAACGUCAACUCCAUCUACGAAAUGUACAUGAGUGAGCGAAGCGAUAGGAUAGGCAGCAUACCGGAGGACAGCAGAGGGGAUGAAAACGAGUGCCACUACAAGCAGGAAGAGGACAAAGACGAAAAAGCGUGCCCAAAAAAUAAGAUUAACUUCAUGCAAGACCAUAUAGACAAAGAAUCGAAAAACAGCCCAAGUCGAAAUGCCAUUCCGAGGCUAAUUUUUACCAACGCAGAAAAUUACCCUUCCGACGAGAUCCUCAAUACGAAUAACACGGAGUAUGAAGAGAAUGAAGGGGAAGCUCCUAACCAGACAAAUUACCCAAGGAAAGAAAAAAUGGUCGUAGUAAAUUGCUACCAAAGAGGUACAGAUGAUAAAGUGAACGAUUGUAGCAGUCGCCAAGUGUCCCGUAAUGCCAAUUCGGAAAGUAAAAGAGGUCUCCAUAAGAGUCUCCCUGAGCUAUACGGAGUGACGGAAGAAAAAUAUCCUCUCAACCUGUUUGCCCCGCGGGAUAUCAAAUACUCUGACGAGGUGAACAACGACGAGAAGGGCAAUGAUGCGAUUAGCUCCGUCGAGUAUGCUGAUGGGUCAUGUGUGGGGAAGAGUGGCAAAAGUGAUGUGAGAAGUAAGGCAAACAUAAAAGAAAACGACGAUGAAGAAGAGGAAGACGAAGAAGCAGAAGAAGAAAAUCACGAAGAGGAACUACUCGAAUAUGUCAGAGACAUGUUUAACAAAAACGGGUCAUGCCCUAGUGGAAGCGCAAAUGUUAACGGCAGCGCACAUGACAGAAGGAAUAAUUCAAACGGCUACCCCAGAAAUAUUGCCCAAAAGGAACAAGUGGAAAAUCCCGACUCUUUUAGGAAAAUUAAUAACACCCAUUUGGAUGCCUCAAACACGAAAGAAGGUGAACAAGGGAAGAAGAAAAAAACGCAAGGGAUUAGCAGUUCAGUCGAUCCCAAUGACGCUAUGAGGCUCACACUACAGAAAAGCAAAGGAAGCGCGUUCUUUGCACACGACGAGGAAGUGAGGAAUAAUCGUAAGGGAAAUUACUCUUCGAGUGACACCUCAAACAGGGUGAGAGGCGCGAAAAGAGUGUGCCACUACAAGAAAGGAGACCACCGCUCAGUAGAUGCCUACAACAGUGGCAGUAGUACUGUGGACGCAACGGGCAGCGUUUCCGGAAGCGGCUGCCAAGACGCCGACAUGAUAAUAAACAUAAAGGACGUGUUGAGUACGGAAAAUGAAAAGUGCGAUUACUACAUCAACUUCUUGGAAAACGUCUUGAGCGCGCUAAAGGAAAAACGGUCAUGCCAAGCGGACGAGGGGGAUUUGAUAAACGAACUCAAGUUAAACGUCGCUUCCCCGAAAACCAUGGAAAUUGUAAAGAGGUUCCCAAAUUUGUCGCACAAGGAUGUGCAGCAUCUCUCCGAAGAUAGACAAAUGGCCAUGAGUAAUCAUCGAAAAAUGAAUAGUAAGAGCCCCCAUCAGAUGGGAAACUUUCCAAAGUACUCAAAGAAACUUUUUCUUGACAGCGCACUCCAGGAUCUUACCAAGACUAAGAAUAUGCGACUGAAGAACCUUCUCUACAGUUACAAGAGCAUGGUAGCUGAUGGUUUUGGAAGUUGCAACAGCGGCACCAUCAGCGGAAGCAACAGCACUGGGAACAGCACCGGCAACUGCUGGGCCCCCUUUAAGUCUAACCACGAUGUGCAUCCCGAGGAGGCGAAUGGCCCAACUGUUCAUCAUUUCCACUUCGAUAACUUGCCAAACUUGGAGCGAAAAACAAAUGGAGAGAAAAGAGUCGUGACAUACCACCUUAGCAAAAAAAACGAGAAAAAGAAAAGGAAAAAAGAAGUGGAUGAGAAUAUCGCAUUGAAGAUGAAUCCAAGCAGCAAAAUGGGAGCAGCCAAAAAAACGGAGGCGCUAAAAAUGGACAAUGCAAAGGAAUCCAAAUCGUUCCAUGAUAUCUCCAACCAAAGCAACAACAGCGACGAUGGAGAAAAUGUUGAACCCAAAAUAAAGUACACCAAACUAGAACUGUUAAACAUACCCAUUGUCAAAAUGAAUUACAUGCAUAGAUACUUCGAGUAUAGCGAAUCCAUCGACAAGCUAGCGUUGAACAACAUAGACGCACUCAUAAAAAACAUGAACAUAAUAAAUUUGUACAAUGGAAAAAAUAAAAACACCAUUAAUUUUAUUAAGGGAAAUUUCCAAGUCCACCUGCUAGAAUCUUACACCAACAUUUUGCUCUAUUUUGAUAUCUUUAGCGACUUUAGAAAUUAUAAUUUUAUUUUUAAAAAUUGCGAAUUUAUUAACAUUCUGCUCGAUUAUGUUUGCGGUACAAAAACGGAGAGCCGAAAUUUCAGCUCAGAUGAUUCGCUCAACGAAUUGGUAAAAAAUAUUUUGUUGUUUGAUGAAAUUUUUAAAUUGAAUAACAAAUUAAAUGAGUUUUUUAGGAGUAUCUUUUUGUCUAUAAACGUAAAGCCGAAUUUGUUCUUUUUUCCUUCUCCGGAUUAUUUUGAGCGAUUUUACCUCCACUUGAGUGCCAAAAUGGAAGCUGCGGAGCAGGCGAGCCACGACGAAAGGACCAUGGAGUCGGGGCAAUCGGAAGAUGCAGAUGGGUACCGCGCGGAGGCUCACCAUGAUAUGCACUCCGAGGAAAGCCACACGCAGGGAAACACCGGCAGCAGUAAUGCUUGGGAAGACUCAGCAGCGGAUUGCGUGGGAGAGGAAGAUGUUAGCGAAGAAGUCGAAGAAGAAGUCAGCCAAAAUCCUAGCCGAGGUGCUAUCCAAGAAGUAAGCAACGAGCCCAGCAACGACGCCGAGGUGAUCCCCGAACGAGCCGCUUCCUCUGCGCAGGAAGAACACAGCACGGAGAGAGGAGCACAACUCGGAAAGAUAGAAGAAGAGAAAGAAGAACAAAAAGAAGAAGAAGAGUCAUUCGUCCACUUAGCACAUUUGUCCACACCGACUGAUGAGCCACUCAUCCAGUGCGAGAAUACCCAAGACAACGAAGUAGAGGGCGAUCACCAUUACGAUGAUAAGGAGCACCCACCAAGUGCUAAAAAGGAUGGAAGCGACCUCGGAAGGGCGGCGGGAGCAGAUGCUAUAGCGCAGAAUGAUGACACAUUAGUAAAGAACGAACCAAACGAAGCAUCAAACGUGCCUCCCCAUGCAGUUACAACAGACAAUGAAUCCAACCUAAUGGCUGAUGACAUCAAUGCUGGUCAGUUAAAUCCGCCAAGCAGCCUACAAAGAAUGAAUAAUGGUGUGCACAUCGAUUCGAACAAUGAUAUGGAAUGCAUCCCCAACAGUUCCAGCGACCAAGUGAAUGAUUCCUCCGUGCAGCAAAAUUACAUCAGUUGGGACGACACUUCGAAAGAGGUUACAGAAGAUCCUCUUAACCAGGACACAUGUUUAGAAUCCAUUGACGAUACGCAAAAUGAAAACAAUAUUGCGACGAACCAAUCCGAUGGCAUACCUCUACUACAUGGUAGCAAAGAAGAAAGGGACAUAAAUGAGAAACCAUCUUUUCAUAUGGCAUUAACUAAGGGAGAGGUUGCAGGAGGGAAUUCAAAGAAAGAAGAAAAGGAAUCCUCGCAAAAUGAUGCUCCCAAUGAGCAGAGGGAUGGUGAUAUUAUUCUUAAUGAGGAUGAGGAGGGUGAAGAAAAAGAUAAUAGUGUUGUUCCCGCGGAGGUUGGAGAAAAUGGUCUAAUUGGUAAGACCAUCGAAAUAUCAGUGGAGCACCAAUUUAAUGAGCCAAACUGUAGCAACAGAAUUGCAGCCACGGCCACCACCACCAGCGCUACUGUGAACAUCAAUGAUAGGGCUCAAAAUGUGUGCGAAGAUAACACGGAUGAGAAGGCCUGCCGGAGGAAUGAAAUAGUCAAUAACGAUUAUGACGAAAGCAAUAAUAAUAACUCUGGGUGCGACGUCUCCGACGGGAAUGCGCUAGCCAACCUGGGUAAUAACAGCUGCUGCAAUGACGACUCGAACAGUGCCCAGGGGAGCGGUAGUAAUAAUGAUAGGCAUGAUGAAAACGAUGACAUCAGCCGGGAAAAAGCCAACGACACCGGCAACGAAGCGGACCUAGUCAAAUAG